AUGGCAGGACAGGCCGGCGCCGGCAGUGAGGACAAGUGCCCCGUCGACCACAAGACGCGCGAGCUCUGGUUGCAACAAGCAAAGCAGGCAAAGGCCGCACAAGAAGCCGCGGCCGCGGCGGGUGGCUCGACGGCACCAUCGCCAGAAAAUGCCUUUACGACGCCAGUAGUACCAGCACCACAGCAACCACCAACACAGACUCAGAUCCCCCAGCUGGCGCAACAAACAGCAAUUCCCGCAGCGCUUCCUACCUCGCAACAACAACAAUCUCCAUCAUCAUCAUCCUGGUCCUCAUGGCUCCCCUUCAUGUCUUCUUCCGGCUCCACAACAACCGGUGCCGCCGCCGCCGCCGGUGCUACUCCCCAGCUUAACCUCGGCGAACACCGCGAAAUCUCCUCCAUCCCCCGCGCCGCCACCACGGGUCCCUCCGCCUGCCCCUCCAACGCCGAGCAAGAAACGGGCGCCGACAUCACCACCGGCAACUGGAUCUACCCCUCGGAAAAGCAAUUCUACGAGGCCAUGAAGCGCAAGGGCCACGACGGCGCCAGCGCGGCCGACAUGAAGACGGUCGUCCCCAUCCACAACGCCGUCAACGAGCGGGCGUGGGCCGAGAUCCUGCGGUGGGAGAAGCCCUUUACCGGCGAAGGGUGUGGAUGUGCCGAGGGCCCCAAGCUGCAGAGCUUCAUGGGCGAGAGCAAGCGGAUGACGCCCAAGGCGAGGCUGAACACCUUGUUGGGAUACACGGCGCCGUUUGAUCGGCAUGAUUGGAUUGUGGAUCGCUGUGGCACGAGGGUGGACUAUGUGAUUGACUUUUAUGCGGGGAGGAAUAACGAGAAGGCUGGGGCGGGGAAGCUGAACUUUUAUUUGGAUGUGAGGCCCAAGUUGAAUACGUGGGAGGGGGUGAAGAUGAGGGCGUUGAGGUUUGUGGGGAUGAACUAAGGUGAAGUGAAGGGGUGGGUGUACAGAAGACGGUGAGUGGGAUUGUUGAAUAGGUCUGAAAUGGAGGAGACUUGGUACAUAAGAUAGAGAGAUCUUACUGGACUUGUAAGACAUGUAUGUUUCGUUGUAUUAUUAGUAUUGGUUGGUUUAACAUUGUAUCUCGCUCAUGUUUGGCAUAUAAACGGCCGUCCAAAUGGCGCAUUAGGAUACAAGAAAAGGGAAAGGUUCAAUAGAGAAUGAUAGACAUG